AUGGCUCGCACAAAGCAAACAUCCCGCCGCAGGCCACAACAUCUUGGCAAGGUACUCCAACCUCACUUCCAACCUCACUUUCAACCUGUUCGCGCACAGCAUCGUGCGAUGGUGGCAGCAAAACCUGGGGCAGAAUCUGGGGCAAAACCUGGGGCAGAAUCUGGGGCAGAAUCUGGGGCAAAAUCUGGGGCAGAAUCUGGGGCAAAAUCUGGGGCAGAAUCUGGUGCAAAAUCUGGGGCAAGACAUGUCGCCAUCAGUAGGGCACUUCCUCAACCCAUCCGUGCUUUCCGCAUUCCUGUCUCUAAGGCUGAGCUGCCUAUGGCCCAAUGGGACGCACGCGCGCCGCACAGGAUCCACUAUGGCGUUCCGGAACUGAUUAACUAUGGUGCAAGGGAUUCCAGUCAGCUUGCGUGUUUGCGGGUUCCUGCUGUAAAGGACGGGAAGCUUAUCGGCUAUGUGCCACUCCCGAGCAGAUAUUUGUCAUCAUGGCUUUAUCUUUGUUACUGUGUAGAGCACUGGCUCGCCAUAUGGAAAUGUUGGGAUGGUGAGUCGAAGAAGAAGCAGAGGAAGACGAAGAAGACAAAUAUAAAAAUACAACGAAAAAGGACAGAUCUGAUUAACACCUCUCGCAAGAAUGCUGGUGCACGUUUCCUUCAAGCUAUGGUUGCCAGGAGAAUGGUGUUGGAGGAGUGUAUUGCAAACGGCGUGAAUGAUGACCGGAUUGAAUCACUCGACGAGUUCCUCAUUCGCAACUAUCGAGAUUGGCUAUUCCUUGAGUUCGAUGAGUUGCCUGACGACGCCCACAAAUAUUUAGAAGCGGAUCCGUUGUAUGCGAGGAACAAGAAGCUGUUCGAAACGGGCUGGGACGUAAAGGAGGAUAACAUCUCAUUGAGCAUUAGUCAGGCGGGCGACGCAUGGAUGCUAGGGGGGCUUGACCUGACAGAGAUGUUCAAGAAAGAGAUGAAUUUAGCCCUCAAGGAGCUUACCAAGGGAGGGGAGAUGGUCGACAUCACACAUGAUCAAAACGCGGAAUUGCCAGACAAGUGGCAUGAGUCCCAUGAGCCUCCAAUCCGAUUUAUGAGCGAACGAAAGGAGGAGUUUAUACGCAAUGGAUUCACGCUCGAUGAACCCUUGGUCUUUUUGUACUAUUGCUUACAGGACGAUGAGGAGAUCGAACGUGAAAGCUUCCUCAGAGAAAUUAUGGACAUGCUGCCCAACGAUGAGACGCGACAACAGUGGUCGUUGCGCGUCGACAAGCUGUUUGAUGGCGAGAUGAAAUGGGACGACUUCAGUAAUCUAGUGGGCGAUGAGUUAGAUUUGGAGCUCGCUCAGCGGGUGAACAGCAUGGGUCCAGAGUCUGAUAACCCGUUUCUAAAAAUGGAUGCAAGAAUUGCGGUGCGAGCUUACCUGCGCAACUUGCAAAACAACCCCAAUAACGCUGCCGACAUAUUUCGUAAAAGUAUCAGUCGAUUUUCUGAUCCAGAUGCGAAGGAUAGCAAGCUGUGGGGUUGGGUUAUGAAGAAGGUCAAAGCCAACACGGUGAUCACAACGCUGCAGUCAGCGCAUAGUCAUCGUUUGAAAUGGUUGAAUAGUCGCAAAGGUAAAAGGAGUGUCACGCUGCCGAACGCCACCGGCAAGACAAAUCAUGUACAACAACACUCCAGCGCUUCUGUGUCUGAUACUCGACCGACGCCUCCUGCUGACGUUAUGUCAUCCGACAUGAAUGUAGAUCAGGCAGAGGAAACAUCAAGGGGACAUAGUUUUGAUACAGAGAACAACAUUGUUCUGGACAGGGGACAACAUUCUGGAGUCCAGAGUCAGGGGGAUCCGCUCACUACAUCAACCACCCCUCCUAACCAUACUCCUGAUGCCAUGGUUGAAUAUCAGGAUGAUUCACCUUCCACUCCAGCACAAGAAGAUGACCAGUUGACUGGAGACGAUGACAUCGCCCCAGAAUCGCUCUUCUCCUUAGUGGCUAUGCAGCAAGCCAUUAAUGCCUUCAGUUGCGACGGCAUUUCUUUCAAUGAGUUGCGUAACAUAUUGUUAACCGAUACUCCACUCAUCCAUGUAAACACGAUACACGAAGCCCUGCAAACACUCAGUCCUGAGCGUGCGGACAAGAAGACGCUUCAGACGUUGCUCAAGACCUUGUUAGGAGAAGAGGCUUUGGCAAAAGGAGCUUAUGACGACGUUAUCGGCAAGAUCCAUUUGCAGAUACUCAUCGACAUGGGUCGCAAUCAGCUGGCUGUCAUAUGUGGCUACAAGGACUGGAAAGAGUGGAGAGAGUCGAAGGAGGUAUCAACUUCAGGAGAUAAGAGAGACAUGCACGCUGCGAUGAUAGCUGAAGCAAAGGCGAUUCUUCAAAAGCAGGAUUCCAACGUCUCAGAAUCUUGGAAGGUUGUUGGACAGCAGCACCUGGCUCUCAGAUAUAUCAUUAAUGGCCGCCGCAUGAGGGCCCGUGAAGAGGUUGUAGAGUACACUGCAACAAGGGAGGCUAUCCGGAUAGCUGUUUCGGACAUGGCCUAUUCAGAAAUCACCAGAAACAUGGGGGUCAUAUUUGACGCAGUUUUUGACGAAUACGACGAAUAG